AACAAUUGGCUUCAGUGGCAGCCUAUUGCCUUCACUGGAUUUGAGAUCUUACAACUUUGGAUUUGACAGUUUGGUGUUUAUCAUCUUGUACCACAACCUCAUCCCCAUCAGUCUGCUAGUAACUCUAGAAAUUGUGAAAUUUAUUCAGGCUCAGUUUAUAAACUGGGAUGAAGAUAUGCAUUAUGAAGAAAGUAAUAUUUAUGCCAUGGCCAGAACAUCUAACCUUAAUGAAGAGCUUGGGCAGGUAAAAUACUUAUUUUCUGAUAAAACAGGAACCCUUACUUGCAACAUUAUGACCUUUAAGAAAUGUACUAUUGCAGGCAUAAUUUAUGGUCACACACCUUCUGCCCAUGAAUUUAAUGACCCCAUGUUAUUGGAGAACUUUGAGAAUGGCCAUCCCACCGGAGAAUACAUAAAGGAAUUUCUUACCCUAUUAUGUGUGUGCCACACAGUUAUUCCUGAGAGACAUGGAAAUAAUAUAAUCUACCAAGCUUCCUCCCCAGAUGAAGCAGCUUUAGUGAAAGGAGCAAAAAACCUUGGUUUUGUUUUUACAGCAAGAACACCAUACUCUGUCACCAUAGAAGUGAUGGGAGAAAAAUAUACUUUUGAAAUUCUUAACAUCCUGGAAUUUUCUAGCAGUAGAAAAAGGAUGUCCGUAAUUGUCCGGACUCCUAUGGGACAGCUCCGGCUCUACUGCAAAGGAGCAGAUACAGUGAUCUAUGAGAGACUUUCAAAAGAUUCUCUGUUUGUGCAGGAGACAUUAGCCCACCUGGAGUACUUUGCCACAGAAGGGCUGAGAACUCUCUGUGUUGCUUAUACCGAUUUAACUGAGGAGGAGUAUCAACAUUGGUUGAAGGACUAUGCAACAGCUGGUACACUUUUACAAGACAGAACUCAAAGAAUGGAGGAAUGCUAUGACAUUAUUGAAAAGGAAUUUCUGCUGCUUGGAGCCACAGCCAUUGAAGAUCGUCUUCAAGCCCGUGUUCCAGAAACCAUAUCAACUUUACUGAAAGCAAACAUAAGAAUAUGGGUCUUGACAGGAGAUAAACAGGAAACUGCAAUUAACAUAGCAUAUUCCUGCAAACUGAUAUCAGGGCACAUGCCUCGUAUUCAUUUGAAUGCAAAAUCAUUGGAGGCAACACAACAAGUGAUUGAUCGAAACUGUCAAGCUCUUGGAAAUUUGUUAGGUAACGAGAAUGAUAUGGCCCUAAUCAUUGAUGGUGAGACCUUGAAGUAUGCCCUCAGUUUAAAAAAUAAGGCAAAGUUCCUAAAUUUGGCCCUCUCAUGUCGAACAGUAUUAUGUUGUAG